AUGGACCUCAGAGCCUCCAUCUCCCUUCUUGUGCUGCUGCUUGGCCGGUCCAUGGCUCUGCCUGUCAUGGAGGACGGUGAUGAAAAUGAGAUUUUCUUUGAGGAGCCUGACAGUGUGGACAUGACUGUAACGGGACCGAGCGGUCUCAUCGUGCGGGAGGACGGUGAUGAGAAUGAGAUUCUCAUAGAGGAGUCUGACAGUGUGGACAUAACUACACAGAUUCUGGCAACCAAUAAUGCUUCCAGUGAGCUUUUAAUGGAAGGAGAUCUUGUUGUGCCAAGAACCAGGAAUGCUCUGGCUUGCUGGAACAACAACUGCUUAUGGAAGAAGUCUUCUAAUGGGAAAGUUGAGGUCCCCUACACAGUCAACUCUCAGUUUUCAUCCGCUGCUAAGAGGAAAAUUCAAAAUGCCAUGGCAACCUUCAACAGAAAAACCUGUGUUCAGUUUGUUGCUCGCUCGACUCAGAGGGACUACAUCAGCAUUGAGAACAGAGAUGGGUGCUUCUCCAGCCUUGGGAGGACAGGAGGCAAACAGGUGGUCUCCCUCCAAAAGAACGGUUGUGUUUACCACGGCAUCAUCCAGCAUGAACUCAACCAUGCUCUGGGCUUCUACCAUGAGCAAACCAGGAGUGACAGAGACCAGUAUGUGAAAAUCAACUGGAAUUACAUCAACCCACGAAUGACUCACAACUUCAAGAAACAACGCACCAACAACCUGAACACUCCAUAUGACUACUCUUCUGUGAUGCAUUAUGGGAGAACUGCUUUCACAGUCCAGAAUGGAAGGGAGACAAUCACUCCAAUUCCAAACCGAAGUGUGAAAAUUGGACAGAGACAGGGACUGUCCACCACUGACAUCCUGAGGAUCAACAAACUCUAUGGAUGCUGUGAGUAUGACCUCCUGCAUCCUAUGGUGAAACAUCGUAUAUCUUUGAGAUUGCUGAAAUGAUGAGUACUGCAAUCCAAUUCUGACAAUCUUCUCCUCUUCCAAACAGAACCAAACCCAAACUGAUGCUGUCCCAGUCUGGAACCACCACAUCACGUCUUGAUCACAGAACACAAUGUGACAGAUGAAUAUGUACUGUAGAUGU